GCGCGGGGCGGUGGCAGCCGCAGCCGGGGCCUCACCGCGGGGUUCGCGCUUUGUUCGGCCGCAGACUCUCGCCCUCGGGCGCGCGGCGGCGGCGCGGAGCCCGGGGACCUGCCGGAGUGGCUGCACCCCGGCCGGCGGAGGAGGAGCGGGCGCGGCCCGGGCUCCCAUGCCCGCGGAGCAGCCCCGGGACCCGCCAGGCCAGGCGCCCGGAGAAGACGGCUACGGCGCAUCGCGGUACAAGACCGGCGGAAUGUGGGAGCCACCGGGGAGCGGGCAAAAGGAAAGCGAAACCCGCGGGCGGGGCUGGUGACGGGCUAAGGCGCAGCACCGCCCUCCCGACGCCGGCGGUCCCCAGGCCUGCCUCGCGAACCUGCCCGGCCCAGCCCAGCGCGCCGCAGCAAUGGCCAUUGCGCACCUUGCCACCGAGUAUGUGUUCUCGGACUUCCUGCUGAAGGAGCCCUCGGAGCCCAAGUUUAAGGGGCUGCGGCUGGAGCUGGCCGUGGACAAGAUGGUCACGUGCAUCGCCGUGGGGCUGCCUCUGCUGCUCAUCUCGCUGGCUUUCGCGCAAGAAAUCUCCAUUGGGACCCAGAUAAGCUGCUUCUCCCCCAGCUCUUUCUCGUGGCGUCAGGCCUCCUUUGUGGACUCGUACUGCUGGGCGGCCGUCCAGCAGAGGGACUCCUUGCAAGGCGAUUCUGGAAACCUUCCGUUGUGUCUGCAUAAGUUUUUCCCCUACAUUCUGCUGCUGGUGGCCAUCCUGCUGUACCUGCCCUCCCUGUUUUGGCGUUUCGCAGCUGCUCCUCAUGUUUGCUCGGAUUUGAAGUUUAUCAUGGAAGAACUCGACAAAGUUUACAACCACGCAAUUAAAGCUGCAAAGAGCAUGCAUGACCUUGACUUGAGAGACGGUGUCUGUCCAGCGCCAGAAGUUAAUGAGAACAUGGGGCAAAGUUCACAGGAAAGCCGCUUCAGGUACCCAAUUGUGGAACAGUACUUAAGGACAAAGAAAGCCUCCAGACAUUUAAUCGUCAAGUACAUGAGCUGCCGGGUGCUGUCACUCAGCACGAUACUGUUAGCCAGCAUCUACCUGGGCUAUUACCUGAGCCUCUCCUCUCUCUCGGAUGAGUUCGUCUGCAGCAUCAAAUCCGGCAUCCUGAAAAAUGACAGCACUGUCCCCGAUAAGUUCCAGUGCAAGCUCAUUGCUGUUGGUAUCUUCCGGCUGCUCAGUUUCAUCAACCUCGUGGUGUAUGUCCUGCUGGUUCCGGUGGUGGUCUACUCCCUGUUUAUUCCCUUCCAGCAGAAGACAGAUGUUCUCAAAGUGUAUGAAAUCCUGCCCACGUUCGAUGUUCUGCAUUUGAAGUUGGAAGGGUACAAUGACUUGAGCCUCUAUGUUCUUUUCUUGGAGGAGAAUAUCAGUGAACUCAAGUCGUACAAAUGUCUUAAGGUCCUGGAGAAUAUUAAAAGCAGUUGUCAGGACAUUGACCCCAUGCUGCUCCUGACCAACCUCGGCAUGAUCAAGAUGGACAUGGUUGACGGCAAAAGUCCCGAGCCUGUGGAGAUGACGGUGGAGGAGCUGGGGGACCAGACGACAGAGCUGCAAGAUUUGAAUGUACACAGUGAAACAAAAAUAAAUAAUAGAGAGAAGAAUGCCCGACAGAGACUUCUGGACACUUCUUGCUGAUGAUUUUUGUCCUGUGAACUUCAGAUCAGUGACUUUGACCUGGGAUUCGUUUUGGCUACAGCACCUCUGGCAGGCACCCAGCUGAUUGGCAGUAAAUGGUUCUCAGCAGAGGUACUGAGUGUGUCUUACUGAGUCUCUGGUGGAAACGAUGGUCAACAAACAUUGUGGAGGGUGGUUCAUGAACUUCCUGCGAGACAACGCGGAAACAAGUAAGCCUCGGCAAGUGUCGACGCGAAAAGUGGUAAGGCUAAUUCCAGGAAGAGGAGUAGCACUUCAGUGCCACAAACAAAAUGCCUUUCUGUGCAGAUGGUGCAAAGAGCCUCUGAACUACAGAGAGCAAGGACUUGGGGAGCUUUUUGUUUUGUUUUAUGGGAUGAUAAUGUCAGGGUAUAAUUUAAUAUGAAUCUUGUCUAUGUCCCAAUGACUGUUGGAGGAUAAAACAUUCCCUGACUGACUCUGGACCCAUGGGGGUCUCCUCCUGGCGGUGCCCUACACUGGGAGAACCGCUGGCUUCUGUUCUUAUAACCAGGCUCUGGGCCCUGCCACUUGUCACCCGUGGCCAACUGAGACCCUCUAACCACCAUGUGAUGCCCUGCGCUGCAAAGGGCAGUGGACCCAAGUGCUGCUCUGGCUGAGAACUUUGUUAAUAAGGUAGAGUUGAAAGGAUGUUUAAUUCUUGACUUCCAUACAGGAAGGAGUGCUUCUAAAUGAACCCAGUGGGGAAAGCAAGCAUACAGAACAAGUUAAAGUGGCUACUUUAGAAGAGGUUGUCUGCAGGGCAUUCCUCUGUUAUCAAAAGCAUUUGAGACAGGAUGUUACUGAGGCAGAUUCACAGAACACAGAAGGCUUAAAGUGAGGGACAUUUUUUGCCUAUUAGGAUCAGAAUGUAUAAAUGACAUUUGCCAUGUGCACAUUAACAUGUGCUCAGAGCCAGAACAAUUUUGCAGUUUAUUUAUAUUUAAAAACAUCUUUGAAAAAUUCAUUUAAUUUUAGAAUUGUAUGAUAUCAGAAUUGAGGCCAUUUGGGAAGAACAUUCUAGCAUUAAUGCGGAAUUAUAGAAUAAAUGUUACAAAUAGGUAUAUUGUGUAUCAACCAAGCAUUAUUUUGUAAACAUUCAAGGCUGACUGGGAAUAUCAGAAACCUUUUCCCAAUUCCAGUCAUGUAAAUAGAUCCCAACUAUGUUUACAUUUUAUACAAAAUUCUUAAAAAGGACAUCUGUGGACCUUCCUGUUUUUAUUCUUGGAAAGUUAAAAUUAGUACAUUGCUACUGAAUAAUCCUCAGGAGCCUCAAAGUUUAUGUGUGGCUCUUAGGGACAGUUGUUUACCUGAUCUAAUUACAUAAGCUGCUCUCUGCCUUUCAGAAUAUUCGCAGAAGUGGAUUUUAUUUGUGCUUCUGCGAUGGUUUCUGAGAUGGAAAGCUAAUAAUAAAUAUCCAGAAUUCAGUCAGUGUUUUAAAUUAUUCUUACUGCUUAAUAUUUAUUACCCUUGAAUUAUAGUGUGACUUAGAAAUGUCAGUAAUCUAAAUCAUCGAUUUUGCUACUUUUUUAUAUCACUGUAUCAGAUGUUGUAUUGUAGUUCUCUCCACCUGUUUCUUUGUGUAAUUUGAAAAUUUUCUGAAAUAUAGUUUUCUAUAACUUGAUUUUUUUCCCCAAAGUCUCAGAUUCUUUAUAGACUGCCCUAAUUUAUAGUUUGAAGUGGAUAUGUUAUUUUAGGAAAUCAGGAACUCUCUCAGCCCUGUGACAUGUAAUUCUUUAAUUAGAGCCCUAACAUCUGUGCACCCUCCCAUCCCUACUCUCGGAGUUCCAGUAGCAUCUGUGAUGUCCCAGAGGUCAGCUAGUGACUGGCUGCGGGGAUGUGAAUAAGGCCGGUGCCCACCUUCGAGGAAUUCAGAGACUAGUAAAAGGCAGUGAAGACAGAGGCAGGUACCAACAGGAAGAGUAAUAACCACAAUGAAGGUCCUUCCAGAGAACUCCCAGCAAAUGCUGUGUUCUUGGGGAACACAUUACUAUUUUUCUCUUUCCCAUCAUUUCUAGCUAAUAGUUUUGAGAGUCUAGUUAUUGUUUUUCCUGGAAGUUCUUUAGCCACGUAUCCCCAAGCUGAAGCUUGAACAAAACAGUAACACAGACAGUGAUUCUGAACAGAAAGAGCUCCAAUCGCUCUUUGUACCUUACCUUGCAGGACAUGGGGAACACAAGCCUGGAGGUACAUGAUACUGUCCAUGAACAAUCACGGCAAUAAGAGGCUAAUGGGGACGUCUGGCCAUACAUUUUGACUUGAGGAAAAGCGUUAUUAGGAAAGUUAACUUCUCCAUCCACUGCUGGCUUAGGUGAGGACUACCUUUGAGCAGAUUCCCAAGAAUGAGGAAUCAAUCAUUGCUUUACAAAAGGGGGCAAACAGAUCCUAAAUGACCACUGCCUGUAUCAGCUAACUUUGUUUCCGGCCAGUGUCUUCCUAAUAAACCACCACAUGUCCUCUCACCCAGGCUUCUAGCACCAGUGUUGGGUCUGCGGUCUGACCAACCAUUCUCACAGCAGUGUCCGGCUCCUCUAAUUUCACCAAAUAAUGGGCAGACACUCUCUUAAGACAGAGGCUCUUAAACUUUUAGGAGGUUACAAACCCUCUUGUAAAUAUAUUUUCUAAAGCUAGGGACCGUCUCCUCAGACACACACACAACGCUAAAUACCCUUGGGGUCUUCGUGGUCCAUACCCCCCAGGUUAAGAAGCUGGCUCUAAUGGCUGGGGACCAAGCCACCUGGUAGGGAGAUUCCUGUAGCCCUUGUGGAAAGUCGCUGCUCCCAACAGUAAGUCAGGUGCUCAUUUACUGAUUAGUGUUUACACACUUAGAAUGAGCUGUCCCCUUGAGUAACUGACAAUGUUUCCUCAAGUCAGACUGAAAGAGUCUGUUAAGAGAGCGGGGGGUGGGCAGUAGCCCAGCCUGAUCGGGGGUCUGCGUGGACCGCAUCCUCAGCCUCUGGAUCACGGCAUCAUCCCCUGCAGCCAGCCUCGCUGGGCCGGGGGAUGGUGGGCAUACCCCUGACAUGCACGAUGCUUUGUCCUACUUCGUGAGCGUCCUGGGAGAAAUGGAGAAAUGUCCCACAUUGUAUGGCAGGUCCUGUGGGGUGUUUGUGUUUCUUUAGUGGAGGCUUCCUGUUCUGGGCACCCUCUCCUUUGCAAGGAUGAGCUAAGCUGGGACGGCGGCAGGGCACUGCAUGCACUGAGCCUGUGAGAACUGUUCAACGCUUAGAGCUAGAUUGUUGCACAGCUUUUAAAAUGCAUGCAUGUUGGUUUCUUUUGCUUAUUUCGUUUUAAACCCAUUGCCAUAUCACAAGUUCCUGAACAGUGACUGGCAUGGACUAGGCAUUCUGUAAAUACUUGAACAAAAGAACACACCAUUAUAAUAAAUCCUAGUUUGUGGACAACUGUAAUUUGAUUUUAAAAGGCAGAUGGUCCUCUGCAGGUCAGGGGAGGGGAGGCUUAUUUAGCCUCUUGCUGGAGAAAGGAUCCGUUCUGCAAAUGGAUAGAUUUCUGCAUGUAAGUAGUGACAGUUCUUAACUUUUUAUUUUGGAGUGAAUUGUGAUCCUUUCCAUGUUCAAUACAAGUUUUCAGUGUUGCCUCCCAGUGAUUAGGGCAAUUGAAGUUAUAAAGGUCUCUGUAAUUUCCCAGGAUAAUUUGAAAAGGGAUGUUGACUGAAAUGUGCAGUUCUGAGUAGUUUCAUCUGAGGGCACUAGGAUGAAAUGGCUCCUCCUGGGCAGUCAUUGGCAUUUCUGUCCUGUUUUUCACAAGUUAAGUAAAACCUUGGAGAAAGCUUGGCAAAGAUGACAUUGUGUCAUUUAUGGAAUGUAAUACACGCUCAUCCGUGAUUGGUUUGUCCUGCCUGCUUUAGAUGAAAUGUAUUGUGUUUGGGGAGUCUCUUUUUUGCUGUAAGAAUACUUGUCUCUUAAUGCAUGUGAUUUGAUCAGUCAUUGUUCCUGAAAGUUGUAAAAGUUUCUCAUGCCUUGAAUGCUUUCUCUGUGCCUCAUCAGAAGAGGAAAAAAGAAUUCUGCAAUGUCCCAAGAGUUUUCUACAAAAACUGAAGCCAUCAGCUCCUCUUUAACAAGUUGGCUUUUUUUAAAAGCACAGUAAUGACAGUUUAACGGUAUUCCAUAAAGUGGUGCUUUAGGCAUAAUUUACGUUCUUUUUAAUGACUACAUUUUUUCAAACCUUUUAAAGAAGAAUAUGUUUUUUUUUUUUUUCUUUCCGUGUCAUUUGGUAAGAAUGAUUUGGUUUCUAUUCCACAGAGAUUGAAGGAUUGGAACAAAUUACAGUCUUAGAAAAUGACUGUUAAAAACCAAGAGCCUUGACCGUUCUAUUUCAUAUUUCCACAUAAGCACCUGUCCACGCCCUGCCUUCUGACCAUGCUGAUAUUUAAGGGGAGUUGAAAAGCUGAACACCAAGGCUACUGUGUCUAUACAUAAAAGUGAAGUGGUGUUUUUGUUCUGCACUGUUGUGUCUACCUUAAAUAAAACUUCUUUUCUAAUGAAAAA